CACAUCGAUUCCACGCAGAAACUGACGAAAACUCAUCACAGGAAUUCCGUGCGUGCGGCACAGUCAAGCAAGAUCGUCGCUUACAACCUGAUGCGGUGUCUCGAUCCGGAUACUCUGAGUCAUGAAAAGCAGCCCGCCUUCCCAAAUCGACGCCGCUUGGUCAAAUCACAGACGUCAAGAUCUCGCAAAGAAGAUAUUGUGUCAAGCUGAUGUCGGCAGAGUUUAAGAUUGCAUGCUGCCAGUUUCCAGAAAUUCGUCACUUCAUCUUCGCAUGUGCCCAUCGACCACAUACCACGAUCUUGCCAAGAUGGCAGUCGUUGUAGACAAUGGCGUCGUGCGAGAAGCAGAUCAUAAGGCACUCGCCAAAUACUUCCUAUCCAUAUUGGCUGCCGAGCCGCAGAGUUCAGCAGCCAUCUCCAAACAUCUGCUGGCAUCGGUCGAGGGGGAGGCUAUUCCACCGCGAAUCUUUGCCAUCUGGCUGUCCGUCUGUACCGAGCCCCACGGCGCAGUCGAUACCUUCCAGUCAACGUCAGUCGACGUUCGCAAGCUUGGCAUCGUGCAUAUCGGCAAAUGGAUCCGCUCAGAACGUUUCUCCGACUUGUGGACAGCGCUUGGAGAGACGCACGGUGUCUUGCAACUCAUGGCCAAGCUAUCCAUUGCCGAAGUCAAAUCCCUAUGCUUGGCCUUCGCAAGAGCACACAAUCUUGCUGCCGAAGAAGUCCAUCGAGACAAAAUGUCCGAGCUUUUGAUAUCGCUGGCCUCGGACUACUUCCCAGAGGCGAAAUUCCGCAAUCCCGAUUCACGACCAAUAGUCAAGCUGUACGAGCCUAUCCUGCUCGUAUGCCACACUCAAACGGCUUUUGCUUGGUCCAAAAACCCGGCCCUAUCAUUCGUGCCGCUUAGUGAGCGUGUCAAGAAUCGCCUUGAGAUCGAGAAGGUGUUGAAGGGUGCCUCGGAAAUACCCCAGGACAGCUCUGAAGUCCGCAACAAACGAUAUCCUCCUCUACGGGACGACUGGGAGGUCUCAAAGCGACGAGAUGGGCCUUACCGUAAAGUCUCCGAUCCGAUGUUGCUGGUGAUACAACAGCUCUGGAGACGCCAAGUCGAAACCGGCGAAAAAGAAUCCGACCGGGAAAAACGACGAUUCGAUCUAGGAAGUGCUACAGCAUUAGUGCGCCGUUUGUGGCGAAAAAGAUGCCCGAAAUCUCUCAUUCUGGACAUACUUACCAUGAUCAAGGGGUACCCGGAUACUGUCUGCUAUGAUCUUGGUUCCAAAAGUCUAAUCUCUUUUGUGGUACGGCUUUGGGCCCGCGAGUAUGACGCUGAAUACAAGCAGCACCUUACUUCCUUCUUGGGACGGACCAAUCAGUACUCCACGACCAUGGCUAGCUUUGUACCAAUCCUCGAAUUAGUGGACAUCAAGAAGCGAGAGGAGCUCCUUAGGUUGCUGCUGCUCCAUUUACCAGCGUUCAAGAUCGACGUCAAUGAUGAUCUGCAGGUCAAGCGCUGUGAAACUCCUUGGCCGAAAGAGCUCUUUUUCACUCUGGAACCAGAACAUGCCACUCGACUGCUGGAGCGCGUCGCCAAGCUCAGGGCGGACAAAGCUUUUCUCGCUUGGAACUUCAGUCGUGGUAAAAAGUCGAUUCUGGAUCUAGAUCAACGAAAUGAUCUGACGUUCAUUUUCACCGCUAUUUCUACGGACAAAGAGUGGGUAGAGACGACUGCGAGUGAGCUUGUUCGUCAGUGUCAGAUGGAGUCACAGAAAAGCCGAGAUCAGCCUGAACGGGCCUUUUGGGCUCAGAGAGCUCUAGCUGCUGCGGUUGCAUCUGGCAGUGGCACAAAGUAUAUUGAGACUUUGAUCUGGGCUCGUCGCUUCACGAGAGAUCCUCUGACAGUGAAGACACUAUACGACCGUUCUGUGAUAUUGACCGACGAAUGUUUAGACCUUGUAUGUGGGAUACCCAAAGAAGUUUCCUCGAAGACCAUCGAAGAGAUUGUAUCCACCCUCGAGCUUGGAGACCAGAUUGCAACGACCUUGGUAGAGACUGCCUGUCUGGCUGUUCCCGAGCCCAGCUUCCAGCAUUGGGAUUGGAACAAUGUGCGAGAUAGCUUCCCGAAGGCCGUCGAACGCAGGCUUCAUAGAGUGACGAAAUUACAGCGAGCUCUGGGUCUGAGCGACGAAACUGCAUUCGAGCGCUUAUUGAGCGGCACAGUCGAGACACUCCUCAAGUUCGAGCGAUUAUCACACACGGAAGAGAACAAGAAGCUCAAUUGGACCAAACCUGGUGGUCCAUUCUUUUAUAUCAAUUCUCGCUUAGACGGUUCCCUCGAGCCCUCACCAGCCCUCACCAAAUUCGUGGACACGUAUGUGAGAGCACGCGAUGAGUUGUGGGCAGAUAUUAGGCGACAAACUCAUCCCGCCGUUUUGACGAUUCCACCGCCAUUUCCUCGCGGUCUUCCCCUCCAAGUACUAUUUCCUCUACAUGAUAAUACGUGGAGUUUUCAGGCGCCGUACUUACUUUCCAGGGCGACAGAUAUUGUGUUUUGUAAUGCACUGGCCCAUAAGGAGGUUCCGUCGUCCAAGGAGAUCCGGGCAGCCAUCGGUGGUCACAUUGACAGUUUUGAGGCGGCUCUCAUGGUAUUCGGACGUUGCUAUCCGAAGGGCCAGGAACGUGAGGCGAAUGUUCAACGUGCGUGGAAGUAUGUCACGGGCACAUUGUCUCGCGGGAUUCUGGAGUCCUGGGAUGCUCAAAAGUUUUGGUAUGAUAUGUUCUCUGGGCUCCAUAUUUCUCCGGUGCUGGAAGAUCAAGAAUAUCGGACCCCAACGUUUCCGCUCGUGGACGAGCCAGAUGUGCCAACGGAAUGGAACCCCGAUCCAACAGGAACCGUCGAAGUCGAGGACGAACCAAAAGCAGCCGUGACAGUCCUGGACUGUCUUUUGGCCCAGAAUACUUGGCCUUCCCAUCAUUUAGAUGAGGAUUUCGGUGUCAGACCAUCACAGCUUCGAGCACCACAUGAGGUUUAUACCUUCUGGACCACAUCCGUCCCUGGAAUCACCAAUCCUAAGAUGCCUCCAGCAUCUAAAACCGCGAUCAUAGCCGCUGCGCUUCUCUUCUUGUCCGAGAGCAUCGUGGCCAGUGCAAAGGUGUUGAACAAACCCUUUCCGACGUCUUCAGAUGCACGCUUCCCUGCGCUUUUUCUCGACAAUGAUUUCUUGGAGCACUCAAACCCUCAGAUACAGUCCGCUUACCGAGCGCUACUCUUGCACAUCUCAGAAGUACCUACUGAGCCUCUCCGCGCGAUUGUGGAGUCUUUUGAGACUGCGCUGGCUGAUCCGAAAGCGAGGUCGAAACUAAGCGAAAUGUACCUGCUCUUCAAUCUCACAGCUGACAGCCACAUGCCCUGGAAAUUUGUGGAUCUACACUUGCGUCUCAUUUUGGAUCGGCCGGACGAUAGCUCCUGGCAUCGCCAAUUACUUACGCCACGACUGCUUGACAGGCUUCCCGCUGCACAGGCUGAGCAGGUUAUUACUGACAUUGGGCGUGGCAUCGAAGAACGACUCGGAGAAAAGGGGUCCGUCAAGAUUACGACUCUCAAGCAAUUUUCCAUCAUGAUUGCCAGUUCGCGUCAUGUCAACCAUACCGUCUCAGUGCAGACUCUGUUGACAUUGCUGGCGAAGUGUAGUCAUGUCGAUGUGCAAGCCGUCAUCGUACAAGGUCUUAUCGCUAUAUUCAAAACCUCCGCUGAAACCGUUAAGUCGGACAUUGUAACGAGCCUCAAAGGCGAUGCUGUGGAGCUAGCAGCAAGCAUCGACGUUCACAAGAUCAUCCGUGAAGAAGAUUGGGUCAAGGCUGAAGCUGAAGGAAUAGCCCCUGAACCUUCCUCGGACGAGUCGCCAAUAGCUACUGCUUUCUUGGAUCUCGCCCGCUCCACUGAUCUCUCCGAGGCAGAACGAUCUUGGAUCACCACCGAGCUCUUGUUGCCCACGAUCCAGAAAUCAAGAUCUAACAUGAUUCGUUGGAUGUAUAUCUUCCAUGCUCAGCGCAACGUCACUCUACCUGAUGCCCUCGUAGAUGCCGCGAUAGAUCACGAGCUGAUGGUAAAGCUCCUCAAUAAAGACCUCAGAAUUAUGACAAAAGAUCUACUGGACGACUAUUUCGCAUUUACGCAUGCUCGACACGAUCACGCUGAACUGCUGCGCAAGACACGUGACGAACUUCGGAGUGUGAACCAAUCCGGUCCUUCGAACGCUUUCAAGUUCUGGCAGACCAUCUGGGGUGAGCCUGGCCGACACGAUCUUUCCGACCCCUUGCUACCACGACUGCUCAUGACUCGUUGGCCCACGCUGUCCGAUCAAGGGAUCGCGCGUGACCAAGUUCAGAGGAUCGUGCUCGAAACGAUAGAGAAGCUGAUCAUGUAUAAUCAGCCACAGACUUCGCUCAUCACCAGAUACCUCUCGCCUUUCAGAUUCGACCCACGCCGAGACAAGGAUACCACCCCUCUCUGGCAAGUCUAUGCGCGUCCGAUUUUGCAGCGAGUGAUCUCAAGAGUCGCUGAGCUCCGUACUCCGGUGUGGCAGCGCAAUCCGAUCAGAAAGCCAAAGUUCCUGCCAGACUGCUUGACAUUUGAGCUGUGGCUUUUGAAAUAUCCAGGCCUCGGCGAUCCAAUCGAUGACUUGGUCUCGCAGCUGUUCACCGUCACAGACCGCAUCGUUAACGACUGUCAGCCAUACUACGGUAGAUUCGAACUGAUGAGGAGAACAGUUGAAUCGUCCAUCCUAUCAAACAAUGUGUCAUUGCACACCGCGCUCGCGAUCAGCUCGAGGAUUGAUUGGAAAGGCGCAACGUUCCGGCUGGCCGAUGUCCUGCUCAUAGAUCUGGCCCGGUCAUUGCAGCAGACCGGGCGGCGAAGUAUGAACGAUGUCGAAAAAGGGGACGUGGCCGAGAUGAUCUCCCUGUGGGAAGAAUGUAACAAUGAAGCGAUUCGAGGUAUCGCCUACCAGGCCAGGUGCCCGUCGGAUUUGUUUGAUUAGACGAAAGCGGGUACUGCAAUAUGCUUAUGAACCUAAAUCAUUCACUGGCAAAGCCUGCUGACAGGAGCCCCGAGUGUACGAACGUAUAGCGAAUUGAAAUGAUGUUGCAUAUCACAAUGC